UGUGCAGAGCGGUCUCUGCUCAGAGAUGUCUGAAUAUGUCAAGAAUCACUUCAGCUGCCGCACGCUUUCAAACAGCACUCCAGCUCGUCUAGUGCCGCUACGAGGGAAGAGUUUCAUAUAUGCCGUUUAGCUUCAUAAGAUUAUGAGGGAUUCCUUUGCGAUUGCCGUGCGUAUCUUACGGAGCAUAGGGGUGAAGGAGGAACAGUUGGAGCGCUGUCCAGGGUCCUGAAGUCAAGAAGCCAGAGGUGCUGAAGACAGCACAGGCAUUCACAGAGGACUGUAUGUCUAUGCCAAUCAAGCCUUGAGAUGACUCGGGAAAGGCUGCGUUCUGUGGCUGUCUGGGGAUUCGUUGCGUGGGAAAUAGGAAUUCUGUUGAGUUUGGUGGUGUCAAAAAAACUAGAAAACCCUCAAGGAGGAACAGCAUCCAUGUCGUCACCCUCUGACUUCCUUGACAAGCUCAUGGGAAGAACCUCAGGUUAUGAUGCCAGAAUUAGGCCCAACUUUAAAGGUCCACCUGUGAAUGUAACAUGCAACAUAUUCAUUAACAGUUUUGGCUCCAUUGCAGAGACAACUAUGGAUUACAGAGUGAACAUAUUUCUCCGGCAGAAGUGGAACGACCCUCGGUUAGCUUACAGCGAGUACCCAGAUGACUCCCUGGACCUGGAUCCCUCAAUGUUAGACUCCAUUUGGAAGCCUGAUCUGUUCUUCGCUAAUGAGAAGGGAGCACACUUCCACGAGGUCACCACUGACAACAAGCUCUUGAGAAUAUUCAAAAAUGGAAAUGUCCUCUAUUCAAUCAGACUGACUCUGACACUCUCAUGUCCGAUGGAUCUGAAGAAUUUCCCCAUGGAUGUGCAGACGUGCAUAAUGCAGCUGGAGAGUUUUGGCUACACAAUGAACGACCUGAUCUUUGAGUGGCAAGAGAUGGAACCUGUACAGGUGGCCGAAGGUUUGACGCUUCCACAGUUCAUCCUCAAGGAGGAGACUGAUUUAAGAUACUGCACCAAGCACUAUAACACAGGCAAGUUCACAUGCAUUGAGGUACGUUUUCACCUGGAAAGACAGAUGGGCUACUACCUGAUCCAGAUGUACAUUCCCAGUCUGCUCAUCGUCAUCCUGUCCUGGGUCUCCUUCUGGAUUAACAUGGAUGCCGCUCCUGCCCGUGUCGCCCUGGGAAUCACCACAGUGCUCACAAUGACAACUCAGAGCUCUGGAUCCAGGACAUCCUUACCUAAGGUGUCUUACGUGAAGGCUAUUGAUAUCUGGAUGGCUGUGUGCUUGUUAUUUGUUUUUUCUGCCCUAUUGGAAUAUGCUGCAGUCAACUUUGUUUCACGGCAACACAAAGAACUCUUACGAUUCCGACGGAAAAGAAAGAAGUCCGGCAAGACUUUCGAUCAAACAUUUGAUGAGGAGCUUACCGAGUCAUUGCGUCGUAUCAAUGGCCUACGCAGUGCCGAGACAGUUUAUGGAUCAAUGGGCCAACUCAACGAAUUCAAUGACAGGAACCGCAGACUGACCGACUAUGUGUUGGAACCCACCGGGCACGCCCGCACCGGCUCAAGCUCCAACACAGAAAGGUUAGCACGUGGGACACAUCACAAAAGGACAGGUCCUCGUUCCGUGCUGCACACCAGUCAGGGAAGACUGACCAUUUAA